UACAGCAGAAUCAUUUAUUUUUCGACAUCUCUUUCUGGAAUAAAGGCUCAGUGCCAUGAUUACUAUUCCAAUACUGCUUUGCUUUGCUUUGGCGAUCAGCCUUGGCUCUAGCCAAAGCUGUUCUUCUCAGGAUGCAGAUGUUAUCAUCAUUGGUGCAGGAAUGGCUGGGAUUGCUGCUGCAGCACGACUGCAAGAAGGUGGCAUAAACAACAUUCUCAUCUUGGAAGGUAGCAACAGAGUCGGUGGAAGAUUAAAGAGUGCCCAAAUCGGUGGAGCCUCAGUUUCCCUUGGACCCGGUUGGAUUAUAGGAAGAGACCCAGCAGAUCCCGGACUUCACCCUCUCUGGCAAAUAGCAGAAAAGUGCGGUGGACUGAGAGGUUUCUAUCAGGACACCGAAUCUCUGGUAAAUUACGACUCGCAAGGAGAUCAGCCUGAAGAAUCACAAUUCCGUUGGCAGGAUUAUGAGAAUGCUUCAACUGGAGCAUAUAACUUGGUAGCAGAGCUACAACAGUCUGAAACAUGUGACGGUGUGAGCGUGCGAUACGGACUGAAUGCAAGUGGUUGGACUCCAGUAACUCCCACUGAUAACUGGAUUGAAUGGUACAGUAGUGACUAUCCCGAAGGAUCACCACCAGAAAAUCAAGGCUUGUGUGUAACCUUUGGCGACUUUGAUCAGUCAUACACGAAUUUUACUUCGCCUGGCAGCAGUGGGAAUGAAGGUUUAAACCUGGCAUAUUUUGUGAGCGAUCCGGACGGCUAUGAAAAACUUGUUGAAUGCAUUUCCAAUAAUGUUACCGGCGGCGAGAAUCAGCAAACCCGAAUAAUUUUUGAAGCUGUGGUGACAACAAUCAAUUGGAGCGAUGAUUGUGUUUGUGUGACUGCCACUGUGAGUGGACAGGCUACUGAGUACUGCAGUAAGUACGCUAUACCAACAGUGAGUGUUGGAGUGCUAAAGGCUGGAGACAUCGCGUUUAUUCCUGAAUUACCUAUGUGGAAGAGAGACAUUAUCAAUCGAUUUGAUAUGUCAGUUUUCAUUCAUAUUGUCAUGGAAUUUGGCGAAGCUUUCUGGGAUACAGCAGAGCAGAUUGGCUAUAUUGCUGAAUCUAAAGGUUCGUAUCCUAUCUUUCUAAAUCACAACAUUACCUUUCAAGAAAACCCCAACGUUUUGGAUGUGAUAGUGACAGGAGAUGUUGCGAAGAGAGUUGCUGGUCAAAAUAAAUCUACCACUAUUGACGAAAUUGAAGCAAUCCUCACUAUAAUGUACCCUACUGCUAAUGUAACUGUUUUGGAUUCAGCAAUAGGUGACUGGUUUUCCGAUCCACUUUUCAGAGGAUCCUUUAUCUAUUACGCAAAAGAUCUCCAGCAGACUGAUUUUGAGCGUUUAGGAGAACCAGUGGGAAAUCUCUAUAUCAGCGGUAGUGCUACAUCUGUUGGCUUUGCUGGAUACGUACAUGGAGCUUUGUUUGCUGGAAGGGAAGCAGCAGAGAAGGUACUGCUUAGAGAAGCCCCCACUGCAGCCACCCCCGGCAACAAAGCAGAAAAUCUACACACAAGCUUUUUGAUUGUCCUUCUUGGAGCGCUUUGUGCUUUAUGCUAUUAGGAACUCAACUGACUAUAUAAUGAUCAUAGAAGAUUAGAACUAGUUGUGUGUAGGUGCUGCUUUCCCAAUGUGAUGUGCAGAGUUAUGAGUUGUGCAUGUGUUUUUAAAUAUCCCAUAAUUUAUUACAUGUAGAUGUUAUUCAUCAUGA